UUUAAAGUAAUCUAUUACUUUUAUUGCAGAUUACACAGUAUGUAUUGUUGUUUAAAGUAAUCUGUUACUUUACUACAAAUUUGUUUGUCCAAAGUAAUCCAUUACUGUUUCAGGAUUGUCAUUUUUGUCACUUGAAGUUACUUUUUGUAAUCCUGCAGAACAGAAGAGACUCAAUCCUAAGAAGGACAUAAAGGGGGCGGGACGCUGGUGCAGCGGUCAGCACUCACAAUUAGAAGGUCUCACCUGGAGGUUCUCCAGGUGUGAGACAGAAACACACGUGGAGGUUCCACAGGUGUGAGACAGAAACACACCUGGAGGUUCUACAGGUGUGAGACAGAAACACACCUGGAGGUUCUACAGGUGUGAGACAGAAACACCUGGAGGUUCUACAGGUGUGAGACAGAAACACACCUGGAGGUUCUCCAGGUGUGAGACAGAAACACACCUGGAGGUUCUACAUACUGGCUUUAAUAGACUUCGUUAGAGUCCAGCUGGUCCGUUUUAUUUACCUCUCAGAUCUGCAGGUUUCUAUCAGGACUCGUUUGGACGCUUUUCACUUCUGUGAGAGUGCUUUUAUUUUGAAGGAAAGUACCAUUACUUUGAAGGUUCUAUUGUUUUGAAGUUUCUUCUGAGGAGAAUCCAGGUUCCGAACGAGAACAUCAGAUCCAGAUCUUUGUCCUGUUCUAGUGUGUAGGAGCAGUGUGAGUUCAGAGUGGCUGACGUGUCAGUGAAGGCAUCAUGCUGCCUUCACUGACACGUCAGCGGACCGCGAUGCGUUUACUGACCCGUUAGCAGACCGCGAUGCCUUCACUGACCCGUUAGCAGACCGCGAUGCCUUCACUGACCUGCCAGCGGACCGUGCUGCCUUCACUGACCCGUUAGCAGACAGCGAUGCCUUCACUGACACGUCAGCGGACCGUGCUGCCUUCACUGACCCGUCAGCGGACCGUGCUGCCUUCACUGACCCGUUAGCAGACCGCGAUGCCUUCACUGACCUGCCAGCGGACCGUGCUGCCUUCACUGACCCGUUAGCAGACAGCGAUGCCUUCACUGACACGCUGUUUCAAGGAUGACCGGAUCGUGUUCUGGACCUGGAUGUUCUCCACCUACUUCAUGGAGAAGUGGGCGCCGCGGCAGGACGACAUGCUGUUCUACGUGCGCAGGAAGCCGGCCUACGUCAGCGCGGAUAACGGCGAGGGCAGGAAGGUGGAGGUGGAGGUCUACCGGAGGGACUCCAAGAAGCUUCCGGGUCUCGGAGACCCCGACAUCGACUGGGAGGAGAGCGUCUACCUGAACCUCAUCCUGCAGAAGCUGGACUACGUGGUGACGUGCGCCGUCUGCACGCGCUCAGACGCGGGGGACAUCCACAUCCACAGGAAGAAGUGUCAGGAAGUGUUCGCCUCGCCCAGCAAGCACGCCAUGGACAGCAAAGGGGAGGAGUCUAAGAUGAGCUACCCCAACAUCUUCUUCAUGAUCGACAACUUUGAGGAGGUGUUCAGGGACAUGACGGUGGGCGAGGGCGAGAUGGUGUGCGUGGAGCUGGUGGCCAGCGACAAGAGCAACACCUUCCAGGGCGUCAUCUUCCAGGGCUCCAUCCGCUACGAGGCGCUGAAGAAGGUCUACGACAACCGGGUGAGCGUGGCCGCUAAGAUGGCGCAGCGGAUGUCGUUCGGCUUCUACAAGUACAACAACAUGGAGUUCGUGAGGAUGAAGGGCCCGCAGGGCAAAGGUCACGCCGAGAUGGCGGUCAGCCGCGUCCCCACGGGCGACACGUCGCCCUGCGGCACCGAGGAGGAGCAGCCCUCCCCCGUGCAGGAGCGGGUCACGUCGUUCAGCACCCCCCCCACCCCGGAGAGGAACCGCCCCUCCUUCUUCUCCCCGUCUCUGAGGAGGAAAAUGCCUCGGAACCGGAUCGCCGAGAUGAAGAAGUCCCACUCGGCCAACGACAGCGAGGAGUUCUUCAGGGAGGAGGAGGACGAAGAUCUCCACGCCGCCACCAACCUGCGCUCGCGCUCGCUGUCCGGAACCGGCCGCUCGCUGGUGGGCUCGUGGCUCAAACUGAACCGGACCGAGGACUACUUCCUGCUGUACUCGCACCUGACCUACGUCACGCUGCCGCUGCACCGCAUCACCGCAGACAUCCUGGAGGUCCGGCAGAAACCCAUCCUGAUGACGUAGCGGCAGACCCCCCUCCCCCCUCGACCAAGUGCCUCCUGACUGCAGCCCCUCCCCCGCUGACAGGUGGAGGUGUUCCUCACUAAACCAGCCGUUCAGAAAGUGCCUCCUCCUGCUGUCUGAGGCCGUCUCCAUGGAAACGGGCCGGGCCCGGAGGGACAGGAAGUGAGGGAGCGUGCUCUACAGUACAGAACCUGCUGCCUUGCUCACUGGACUGCGCAGCGCCACCUGCAGGAGGUUCUACAGCGGGUCGGGUCGGACGGAACCGCCCAGCCCACUGGCUCACUCGUUCACUUGAAAGUCACAGGAACCAAAGGAACCUCAGAAGGUCCGACUCUGUCCAGGUUUGAAACCAGCAGCUCCACCCGGAUCAGAACCGCCUCUCCUUUGGGUUCAGAGGAAGAACUGGAGAACGGGCCGCCGCCGCCUCAGAUCACCAAAUCCAGGUCGAAGGGGCGGUCCGGUCCGGUUCUGAAAGGAACUUUGAUCCCAGCCUUAAUGCCACUCAGUCCUCCUGAGUGAGCUGUUCCUGACCCGGUUCUGCCUCCUCAAACCCACUCGGAUCUCAGGGCCCAAAGGAGGCUUUGCGGGCGUGUCCUAACUUCCUCGUUUUUUAAGGCCAGGUCACAUGACCACUCACCUUUCUGAGGCUGCGCUGGUGAUUUAGGGGGCGGAGUCACACUGAGACAGUGUGUUCACAUCCGGACUGCAUCUGCUCCUCCAGAACUCUUCCAGAACCGUCUCCAUUCCUGUGGUCCAGUGGCUGACGCUUCUGUUUUCAGAGUUCGAUUCUGUCUGUUGUGAGGAAUCGAACCUGAACUAUGACGGCGUCAUCAGGACGCCCCGCCCACAUUAAACACUUUCACACAAACCGGA